GCCACACAUAUCAUGCUGCAGCCUGCACACGACGCGCAGUAACUUGUAAAACUGUUUCCAUGGCCUCGAUGACUCGAGAGUAUGCAUCGCCUCCCAGCUCCGACCCGCCCCUUAGUAUCAUUCCUCGUUUCGUCAAGACCCUUAGCAAGGGCAAUGCCACAAUAGAUCAAUCAACGUCCACCGCACGCGCAGACGAGGCUGCAGCUUCAUCAUCAUCCGCAUCAAAUCUUUCACAGGCGAAGACAAAUACAAUAGACAGGUUUUUGAAGUACACACGCAGGCAGAAGCGGUUAUCAUUUCCUCCAUUGUCCUGGCCCGUGGAUGAAGGCAAUCAAGUUCAACAACCAACUACUCCCACUGCUGCAUCCCUUCCUGCUCCCCUUAUCAUUGAUGAUGAGAUCCAGGAGGCAGGCAGCAGUGCGAUUGAUAAUGUUCUGCAAGUUGACGCUGGAGAGGACAGAGUCGAAAGCGAACUACCAGAACCUGAUACUCUCGCUCGCAAAAUUCAAGCUAUGAUCGCGUCAUUACCCUCAAUGCCAGCUGGGCUAUCCACUUCCUUUCCCCAGUUUCAUACUGCUCAGUCGGGAGCGCCAGCGAUAGAUUCCAAUGACCAUCCCCCCAUCCCCCCUCCAGGAUUUUCCAUCGCCGAUUCAAAGUUGAUGACAACAUUCCUGACUUCAUUCACCGUCAUGAAUGGGUCGAUUGAUCGCGGAAGAGAAUCCGUGUGGUCUGUGUUAGACAAAUUACGUUCCCCUCUGAGCAAGAAGGAUGGCAUAUCCGAGGCGAAUGUAGAUGCAACAGAGGAAUUGCACCCAGGCGCAGAGUAUGAAGAUGACAAUGGAUCGGUGAUGAUGUACGGACCAUUAGAACCCACGGAAGAUUCGGAGAUAGAGAUCGCACGCUCUGAGAUUGUCUCGCUCAAUGGAGAUGGAGAAGAGAUCCGCACACCCCAGCUGUCCUUCAUUCCCCUUCCUUCAGAGUCUAUUGAACAAGUGCUCGCCGAGAGCGAGAGUUCCGAUAGACGUAAGGGGAAACAAAGGGCGAUCACUGAGCAAAGCGCGUCAAGCAGCAGAUUCGAACCCGAGGAAAUAGCUGCUGCUCCUGCAAGUGAGCCAGCAGCAAGGGAAUAUCGUGUCUGGCUCCCAUCUCCCACAAAAAUCUCCGUUCAAGCAAUGUGGUGGGGCUUCAGAAUUUACCUUCCGCCUCCUGUGCUUGACGUACUUAAUAACAAGCAGUUUGAAGCUGCGAAACGCGCUGCCAUGAUCACGGCAGCACUUAAGUGGCUACUCGAUCAUUUACCAAUCUCGCUCAUGCCGCCGCAGCUGCGUGUCCCCAUGAGUUUUCUCCGCCGACUUGUACCAUACCUCGGCUAUAUCGGAGCCUUUAUUGCGUGGAGCUGGUCCGCAGUCAAAGUUUUUGAUAAAGGGUAUGGAGUGGUUCUCACUGCCACUUGGCUCCUCCCAAUCGCCCUCAUACCAGGAACUUGGGAGGCGGACGAUUUUCCAAAUUUGCAAGCAGAGCCUCAGACCCCUGCUUGGUCGAGGUAAUCCUGUUGUUCGAUGUUGUCCGGACUUGUGAAAUGCUUCGCACACGAACUGUAUUGUUACUUAUGAGGUCUGUAGCUGUAUAUAUGUUUCUUGUACUUGCCUCAAUGAUGACGUUUGUUUUGAGUCAACUCAUUAGCUAUACAAUGUCUGGCAUCUACUGGAAUAAAUACAACUCAAGUCUGCGGGAAAAUCGAGUUCAGCAAUUGCUCCUGACUGUUGCCUCCUAACGUUUACUGGUUACAAUCGUA